GCGGGAGGCGGUACCGUCGGCACGCGCGUCCAAUCACAGUGCGCCGGCCGAACGUGCAGCCAAUCAGCGUCGCCGCUGCCGGCUGCUCCCCGGCAGCGUCCAGGUACCACCCCGACGGCGCCGGCAGUUACUGUCGGGGCGGGGAGUGGAGCGGACGCACUCUCUCUCUCUCUCUCUCUCUCUCUCCCGCUCACUCGACCUCCCGGAGACAUUCACGAUGUGAGGGAUCUGAGGCCAGAGCCUCACCUAACACCACCUCCAGCUGCUCUAACACCACCUCCAGCUGCCCUAACACCACCUCCAGCUGCUCCAACACCACCUCCAGCUGCCCUAACAUCACCUCCAGCUGCCCUAACACCAUCUCCUGCUGCUCUAACACCACCUCCAGUUGCUCUAACACCACCUCCAGCUGCUCUAGCACCACUCCAGCAGCUCUAAUACCACCUCUAGCUGCUCUAGCACCACUCCAGCUGCUCUAACACCACCUCCAGCUGCUCUAACACCUCCAGCUGCUCCCAUCUGUGAUCUCGACUGUGAUAAUGCCUAAAGGUUUCCUGGUGAAAAGAAGAGAAGAAAUGAGCGUUCUGGACCUGGUGCCCUACAGACCCUGGCGUAAUACCCCGCUGCCCGCGGAGCAGGAGGAACCCGUGGACUUCAGUUUGCGGACUCUGCGGGAGACUCAGGGCAGGGAUGGCAGGACUCAGGAGGGACUGCAGCAGGUACGUGAGGACUAUGAAGGGGUGAAGGAGGCGGUGCAGGGGCGUGAGAAGGGCAGCCGCCUGAUGGUGAGGACUCCGGAUUCAGGUUUCAGUAGUCCCUCCGAUGGGGACUUCUACAGGAGGUCAGUGUGUCACACGCCGUCAACACGUGUGCCGACCAAGCUCCACACUGAUGCUGUGACCCAGUGUGAGGUGGAGCAGACUGCUCCUCUGGCGCUCAUCAAGAGGAAAUCCUCUGAAGAGGACCUGAGCACAGCCCUCCACGUCUCCACUAUCCACACUCCGCCAGAAGCAAGCCAAUUCCAGCCCUUCCAGUUGUCAAUACCACGACUGGAUGAUCCGCGCUACAUGGUGGGGCCUCAGACGAGUCCCUACCACCUGUUGUCACCCACGCUGUACUGGCCUCACGGCUCCUCCCCCCUCAGGUCACCCAUACCCUUCACCUCACCCCUUGGUCGCUCCCCUUACGACCUCACCCACACAGCAGUGCCCCUUCACAGCCCUCAGGAGGGACUGAACCUCAGCACCUGUUCUCAGGGAUCUCCAAGACUUGUGACCCCCAUCAAGAUUCCUCCGAAGUCUCCGUGCACCGGAGUCUCCACUCCUCAGAAGCGGAAGUCUCCCAGCACCUCGCCAGGUACUUCCGAGAAGAAGUUGAAGACGUCUAAGAAAAACAAAGCCGCUCGUCGCCUCAACUUCGACGAAGACAAGACUUCGCCAGUUUCAGGAACCAUCAUCAGGGAACUGGCGGAGGGUGAAGAGCCGCUAGUGGUCAGGAAGGGCGACAUAGACCCGGCCUACAACGUCGUUGAGAUCACAGAAGAAGCCAAAGCUGAGCUCGCUAAGAUCGACAACAAGAUCGGCGACUACGUGUGUCGUCUCUGCAAGGAGAUGUACGACGACGCCUUUGGCCUGGCGCAACACCGAUGUUCCCGUAUCAUACACGUCGAGUAUAGGUGCCCGGAGUGCGACAAGGUCUUCAACUGCCCCGCCAACCUGGCCUCCCACAGGAGGUGGCACAAACCCAAGACCUCCCUGACCUCUACUUCGGUGGCCAGCACCAGCGCCGCCACCUCCAAAUGCGAGGCUGACACCAUCUCCGGCAAGAGCUACACUGAGAAUAAUAACAACAGUAGCACCAGCAAUAACAACCUCCUGAAGGGACCCCCAGCGCUAGUGCCGCUGCCGCAGUUCAUGGCGAUGGCCAGGGAGGAGGACUCGGAGGAGCAGUAUGAGUGUGAAUUAUGUUUCAAGAAGUUCAAACGUCAGUCGUACCUACGGAAGCACCUAGCGACGCAUCGCGGGGAGCAUAGCGACGCUGACGGUGCAGGGCCCUCUCACGUCCGUCAGCCGCCCGCCCUGACGCCCCUGCUGUCACCGCACUUUCCCAGCGAGGUCCUACCCUGUCACCUGUGUGCUGCUGCUUUCUACACGCCGGCGGCCCUGGAGCUGCACCUGGAGACUACCCACAUUCCCAAGCUAGAACCUGCGACGUCCAGCACCCUCCACGUACCUCGCCCGCAGUUCUCCCCUCCACAUCACGUACCUACACAACCCCCGCACCCUCCAGCACCUCACCUCCUUCACCGACCCCACCAGAUAUCCGCGCCGACGUAAUUCAACGUCCUAUUCUCCGUGUCCACCGGUGCUAUACUCCAGCAGACGCCAAGAGGACAUCCCAGGACGCCAGAAGACUCCAAACACCAGCGUCUGUGUCUCAGCGAGGCGUUCACACCCCCCUACGACAGGUCCCUCUCCAAACACUCAGCUCCACAACAGGUAUCAGUCCCCCAAGCUUUUCUCAGCUCACACAAGCUCACCAUGGUACUCACCUCCCAUAACAUCAGUUGAUACAGUGCUCUCUGUGUAGACGGACUUUCCACACUCACAUAACCGGGACUUAAAUUACCAAUUAUCUCAACCUCUAAGUGAAUAUUGACAAUAAUUCUUAAGUUACCCCUUGAGUUUACAUAUAUACAUGUAUACACAUGUUUAUACGCAUGUACGUAUAUAUAUGUAUACGCGUGUGUAUGGGAUGCACAUAUGUGUACUAGGGAUACGCAGGUGUGUGCGUAGUAGCGCGUAUACUACGCUCCCCCCCAUGAAUGGUGCGUAGUUCCAUUCAUAGUCAAAUUCCCAUUGUGAAGGGUGGUUGUCCUAGUUCAUCCUGGCUACGAAAAAUAUCCCUUCCCCGCCGCAUCGAUCUCACUCGUUAACACUUAACUUAUACGGGAGUAAGGAGAGUCGUUUUCUACCCAGGAUGAAUGACGCUCAGCCCACCUCGCCUGGUGUUACAUAUCUUGUCUAAUUUCUAAGUCAAAGUAACUUACGCUGAUCUCAUCAAAAUUUUUUGACACUAGUCUAAUUCUAAGGGAUUUUGAUAAGCUGAUCUCACAUCAAAAAUUGUUGAUACUAGUCUAAUUCUAAUGAAUUUUGACAAAACUUACACUGAUCUCACAUCAAAAUAUUUUGAUACUUGUCUAAUUCAAACUGAUUUUUGACAUAAUUUACACUGAUCUCACAUCAAAAUAUUUUGACACUUGUCUAAUUCUAACCGAUUUUGACUUAAUUUACACUGAUAUCACAUCAAGUUUUAUUGACACGUCUAAUUCUAAGUGAUUUUGACAUAAUUUACAUUGAUCUCACAUCAAAAUAUUUUGACACUUGUCUAAUUCAAACAGAUUUUGACAUAAUUUUCACUGCACAUCAAAAAUUGUUGACACUAAUCUAAUUCAAACGGAUUUUGACAUUGAUCUAAUACUUUAUGAUUAAAUUUUGACUGAUCUCAAAUCACGUCAUGAUAUUAAUCUCAAAAUUUCGAUUUUUUUCAGUUGAUCUCAGAGUGGAUUUAUUUUAUAGGCAUUAAUCCGUCAAUUUCAAAUUUUUUUCUAAAUCAAAGUCUGUAUGUCGUCAUUUCUAAGCACCCAGUUGUCUCUUUGAGAAUUUAGACGUAAAGAUUUAGAAUUUAGAUUUAGGGAUUUAGAUUUUAGAUGUAGGGGAUUUAGAUUUAAGGAUUUAGAAUCUGAUUUAGAUUUUGAUCAAUCAGUACCUGAUUAGAUGUAAAAGGGACAAAUAACUUCAAAAUUAGAUUUCAAAAUUACGGUCUAUCUCAAAGUUCAAAGUUAGAUUUUGAUUGUAUGCCGCUCAAAAUCAAAUUCUAUGCUAUUCAAAGUCAAUAUAUACAUACAUAUUUUAUAUCAAAGUAAAAUCUAUUUCUAAA